CUACCAGGCAAAGAAGCCAAGGAGCAUCCAUCCAUCCAUCCAUUGAUACGACCAACAGGAACUCACAGAGAAACAUGUAUCUGUCUUCCAUUCCUCUUUGUGGCCUCCUCCUCAUCUUAAAGCUGCAGCUGUCCAGCACAUAUCCCAUCAGCACCGGCUUGACUGAUACUGACAUAGACAUCUUAAAGGUGCUCCUUCACAGACUAGAGGAGUCAGUUCCUGAUGUGGACCGGAGAGUCUCUGCAGAGAGGGACAGUCUGGACAGCCUGGACAUAGAGGAGGCAGCAGAUGGACAGCAGCCCCAACCCGGACUGGAUGAGGCAGCGAUCAGGGAGUUUCUCUCAGCAAAGAACCUGAAGAGCGUCCGCAACGACUCGUCCAGGAAGUCCUCCGGCUGCUUCGGGCGACGGAUGGACAGAAUAGGCUCCAUGAGCUCACUGGGGUGCAACACUGUCGGCAGAUACAAUCCAAAGUAAAGAUGAAGUCUUACCAUCUAAAUUCUGGAACUGCAACAUCUCUACCAUUUUUAUUUGAACGCUAUUUAUUUACUGAUAUUUAUUGAAUAUUGAUGGUGGCUUACAAGUAUUAUUUAUUUAUAAUGGAUGUAAGACUGUUCUUUAUGUACUGUUGAAUGUAUUAAUAAAUGUUUACAACUGCA